AUGUGCUGGUCUUUCCGUCUAGGCUUUCCAAGCAACAAAUCACCCAAGCGCUCGUCGUCGAGCGAGAAGAAUGGUCGGAAGACACGGGCAGAGGAAGCGCAGUUCGAAAGAGAGUAG